CCUCACGCGUUUCGUGCCCCACAGGGAGCUCCACUUCGGCCCAGCGGGCGCGUUCGCACGCGAGCACCCGCCCACCCCUGCGAUCAGCGCUCCAGUGAACGAUGCAUCGUUCCUGGACGAACUGUUCGAGUUCGUUGCCCUCGGCGCGCUGAGCGUGUGCGUGUUGUCUAAAAGGUUGGACGAGUCAUGCCCAGCAUCGAGGCCGAUGUGGCCCCCGUGCGCGACCUGGGUCACCGCCGUCACUCUGCCCGCCGCGAGCUCUGGCGGCGAUCGGGGAGCCUCGCGAGCAGCCGCGCGCGAGGCCCAAUCUUCGUGAGCUCGGCAGGCCCCGCGCGUGGAGUCUCGUGCGCUGCGCCGUCGCAGCUGGCGAAUCGCAGCGGUCAGCCGCACGGCCGCGGAGGGCGGCGCCAGCGGCAGCCUCGGGUAGUGGAGAUCGAGGACGACGACACAUCUUCCGAAGACUGCCGGCGAAGUGCAGCCGCUGCCGAAGCCGUCGCGGCGGCGCGGGCGCGCAACGCUGGCCUGCCGCGCAUUGGCUGCACGCCGCUGGCCUGGCGCAGGCCAGGGGCGUCGGACGUGAGGAUCGCCGGCUCCUGGGACGGCUGGGUGCGACAGCUUGCGCUGGAGCCGCUGCCGCAGGGCGGCUUCGGCAUCAUCCUCGCGCUCCCCAGGGGCGACUACGAGUGCAAAUUCAUAGUGGAUGGCGACUGGAUGUCCUCCGAGGCACCUCGAG